AUGGGUCAGCACUCGGCAGUUUGGCAAGGAUAUGUUGACUCCAGUCUGAUGGGCUCCGGCCAGUUUGACAAGGCCGCUAUCCUGAGCUAUGACUUCUCCGACGUCGAGGCCCAGUCCCCUGGUUUCCAGAUCUCGAAGGAGGAAAUCGCCGGUCUGAAGGCUGCUUUCGACAAGCCCGGCAGUGCUUUCGAAACCGGUUUUGUGGUCGGAGGAGACAAGUUCGUCGCCAUCAAGGCUGAUGACCGCAGUCUUUACGGCAAGAAGGGCAAGGAAGGCAUCGUCGUCGUCAAGGCCGUCUCUUGCGUCAUGGUCGCCCACCACGGCGAGGCCGUCCAGACCACCAACGCCGCAACCGUUGUCGAGAACCUCGUCGACUACAUCAACAAUCCCCGGUAG